AUAACCUUUGGAAAUGACUUGACAAAGGAAGAACAAGAAAAGUUAAAACAACUAGUGAGGGAGAACACAGACGACUUUGUGUUAGAAUUGGAGGAAGUAAUCCCAAUACCAGGAGUAGAGCUGAACCUAAAUGGUCCAGAUAAUGCAGUCUUCAAUCUGUGUAUGUACCAACAGCUGAUGACACCAGAACAAGCAUGA